AUGAAUAAACACUGCUUUGUUGUCAUCGGUAUCGCAGUAAUUUUUCUCUUUACUGCCUUAGCAGGAGCUUUCAAAUUCCAUGGCUGCAGAGCACUUUUCCACGAAGAUUGUCAAAGAUUUGGAUGGAUUAGAGAUAUAACGGGCUUGGUGGCCACAGCAUUGGUCCUCUUUUUUCUCGCCCUCAUCUUUAGCUUAGUCUAUACUAUCAAGAAGUUGGAUUGGGCCAGCUAUUUGGAGUUUGGACUGCUCGCUUUUGGAGCUAUCCUAAUGUUAGCUGCUGUGUGUUUAAAUAUGUCCGUUGACAGGUGGAGGACACCUUCGCCCACAAUGUGUACAAUCGCCAUGACGUUGUCAAUUGAACUAAGCGUUGUUUUGGCAGUUCAAUUUCUAAAGGGAAAGAGCUUUUAA